CGCCGCCGCCGUCGCGCCGCGCUCCCUACCCGCGGCAUUUCCCGGCAAAAAGUUUCGUAGCAACAAGUUCAUGACUAAGUCUCAACUCCGCGUCGGGCCCGCGCGUGCGUGUGCGUGUGUGCGUGUGAGUGUGUGCGUGUGAUCAUGAGUGACGCCAUGAGUUACGUUUGUGUUCAGUUCUGGAUGCUCGUCUUCGUCAUACACGGUGGUCUGUCCCUGCGCGACGUGCGCCUAGUGGCGCCGGGCGCGGCCCCCCGCGGCGCGCGCGUGCUCAUGCGCUGCCUCUACUCACUGGAGCAGGAGCAGCUCUACUCCGUCAAGUGGUACCGCGGCGACCGCGAGUUCUGCCGCUACAGCCCGCGCGACGUGCCGCCGCUCAAGGUCUUCCACAUACCCGGGAUUGACGUCUUGAAGUCGGAGACGGACGCGGAGCGGCUGACGAUCUCGCACGCGACGCGCACAGCUGAUGGCAAGUACACCUGCGAGGUGUCCGCCGACGCGCCCUCCUUCCAGACCGCGCAGGUGCACGCCGUCAUGCGCGUCGUGGACCUGCCAGCCUCGGGCCCGGAGCUACACGGCGUGCGGCCGCGGUACCGCGCCGGCGCCCGCCUGCGCGCCGAGUGCGUGCUGCGCGCCUCGCUGCCCGCCGCCAACCUCUCCUUCUACAUCAACAGCGAGCCCGCGCAGGCGCAGCACGUGUGGCAGCGCGUGGAGGUGGGCGCGGACAAGCUGCUCACGGCGUACAGCACCAUCGCCUUCGUCGUGCAGAAGCACCACUUCCAGGACAACCGCCUCAAGUUGCGGUGUACGGCGAUCAUCUACUCCAUCUACAUCCAGAGCACGGAGAAGAGCGCGGCGGAAGAGAGGGAGAAGACGCGACCCACGAGCGAGACCAAGCUACACGAAGCCAUCGUGUUCCCCAUACACCGCCUGCCCGAGACCGGUGAGUCACACUCCAUACACCGCCUGCCCGAGACCGGUGAGUCACACUCCAUACACCGCCUCCCGAGACCGGUGAGUCACACUCCAUACACCGCCUGCCCGAGACCAGUGAGUCACACUCCAUACACCGCCUCCCGAGACCGGUGAGUCACACUCCAUACACCGCCUCCCGAGACCGGUGAGUCACACUCCAUACACCGCCUGCCCGAGACCGGUGAGUCACACUCCAUACACCGCCUCCCGAGACCGGUGAGUCACACUCCAUACACCGCCUGCCCGAGACCGGUGAGUCACACUCCAUACACCGCCUCCCGAGACCGGUGAGUCACACUCCAUACACCGCCUCCCGAGACCGGUGAGUCACACUCCAUACACCGCCUGCCCGAGACCGGUGAGUCACACUCCAUACACCGCCUCCCGAGACCGGUGAGUCACACUCCAUACACCGCCUGCCCGAGACCGGUGAGUCACACUCCAUACACCGCCUCCCGAGACCGGUGAGUCACACUCCAUACACCGCCUCCCGAGACCGGUGAGUCACACUCCAUACACCGCCUUCCGAGACCGGUGAGUCACACUCCAUACACCGCCUGCCCGAGACCGGUGAGUCACACUCCAUACACCGCCUGCCCGAGACCGGUGAGUCACACUCCAUACACCGCCUCCCGAGACCGGUGAGUCACACUCC